ACGCGGGACCCGUCCGGCUGCUUUGCUUUCACUCUUUAAUAACAGACAAAUCAACCCAUUAAUGCUUUCCAAUGAACCGGGUUUAAAAGGCUCUAAAAACACAUUCUCCUCCCACUGAACGCUGUGAGCGCUGUAAGAUAAAACUAAAAAAAAAAAAAAAAAAAAAAAAAACAUUGCACGAUGCAAAAAACUGGAUGGCGUGCGCGUUCGCGGCGCUCCAGCGCUGCGGCAGUUGCCAGGGGAGAUAGGAGGGGAGGGGUUGUGAUUGGCUGAAGUGGACCUGUUGCCAUGACGACGGCGAGGGGUUUGGUAGCGUUGCCGUGCGCUGUGUGAUCUGCGCGCUGCGUGUAUGGAGGAAGCAGCUGCUGAUCUGAUCUCUGACAUUGUGUGAGACAGACAUCUGAAUUAAACUCUGCUUUUACACACACCGCUCCAGGGUAGCGACGUGCAUGAUUACCUCUUUGGUUUAAUGGGUCCAAUCAUUGGGAUGUCACCAGAUAAGAAAACGGAAAUUCCGGGUAUGCAAGAAGAGCGGACGGGACUCAGAGGUGUCUGUGGUGUGGGGACCCUGCCCGAGGCGGAGUGCGCAUCCAGUCCACUGGCGACGAGCGUGGAUCGUGCUUCAGGUGCAGAGGAUGAGGAGCUCACCAACCUCAACUGGCUCCACGAGAACCUGCUCCAGAACUUCACUCUCGGCGGCCCAGAAGCUCAGACAAGUGGAAGCCCCCUGUUUGACAUUGAAGGAGACUACAAACAAAACCAGGGCCCUUCGUCGUCCUCGUCAUCUUCAUUGCAAAACAGGGGCCGGGAACGGGACUCGCUGAAAUCUAAGCCCCCUUUCUCGUUUUCCCUCCUCAUCUACAUGGCUAUCGAGCAGUCUCCCAGCAAGUCUCUGCCAGUUAAAGAAAUCUACGGGUGGAUUCUGGAGCACUUCCCUUACUUCUCCAACGCUCCCACAGGCUGGAAGAACUCCGUUCGUCACAACUUGUCUCUAAAUAAAUGCUUCCGCAAGGUCGACAAGAGCUUGGGAAAGGCCAAUGGGAAAGGUUCCCUCUGGUGUGUUGACCCUGAGUAUCGUCCCAACCUAAUCCAAGCUCUUAAGAAGCAGCACUUCCCAGCCGCACAUGCCUUCUGCACGCCACCCGCCUCCCCGCCCAGUGCCUCCUCACCUCCUCGCCAUCUCUUUCUACAAGGCUGCUCAUUCAAAGAGUCUGACAUUGAUGCUGCCACUGCCAUGAUGCUCUUAAACUCUGCCCCUGGGCACCACGUUGACCCAUGUAACUCCGACGGCCCGCUGGACCUCUCCCGACCCGACUCUGUCCUGGUGAGCAGCGAUCCGAAGCAGGACCAUAACUACAGCAGCGCAGCCCUGCAGCGCUGCUCGUCCCGCUCCUCCUCCUCCUCCCUCUCAUCCUUGGACGAAGGCGGCUGCGAGCGCAGCCAGUCUCGGCGCGCCGGCAGUGAGGGUUUCCACAGCGACGAGGACUCCGACCUCUGGGACGAGAGGGCCGUCCAGCAGACUUCUCGACGUCCGCCCGCCAUCAAGUGGCCCAUCAGCAAGCGACCCCGGCGCGAGGUCAAGCCGGAGCUAGACGAGGAGCUGAAAGAGGCGGCGGGGUCUUUGCUACACCUCGCCGGUAUACGCAGCUGUACAGAGGGGUCCAAACGCACUGUCAAGAGCACAAAACUUAACAGGAAAUGAAGUUCCCCUCGCCCCCGAUAAGACUCCGGACCCUGUGAAUCCUGACCCCUGACCCCUGAUCGUGUGUCCCAGUGUGCCUCCUUCUCCUCACCUGAUCGUUCACUGGCCAUUUUGAGCCUCUUUUGGUUGGGAGCGUCCUCGUCCAACUAACAAAUGGCAAUAGUAUCGUUCACACAGGAGAACAAAGCCAUAUAGAGUAACAUUGGGGGGGUUGGAUGUUCGGGCUGUGGAGAACCAUCGAGAAGACCCCAACCCAGAACGACCCGCCUGCUUUUUGUCAGAUUUAGAAGACUGUGAUUCAAGAAUCUCUCUUUCAAAGACAAAAACGGGGGGGGGGGGGAAAGCUGAAGGUUUUUAUAACUCAAAGCGUUGCAUGCUUCCUCCUCAAACUUGUAUCCUCUUCCAAGUGAAUCUAUUUAUGAAGCGAAUGAGUGCAUGUUUGUAACAGACAAAACCUAACCUCCUGGUGUUAUCAGUUUCUCCUCUUUGUGCUACAUGACGACAAAAAAACAAAAACAAAACAAAAGUAAUGCCACUAUUUGGAAAGCAACCCUCGCUCUUUGAAUCCUUUUAAAAACAUGCAAUAAUGAAUCCACAACCUUAACUUUUUCUCUCUUCUUUUCCGUGACGGCGUCUUUCUUUCAGCUGAGCGUGCGAGUUUAGCUUUUCAUUUAAGAAAAGGAGCAGAGGAGUAUUACGAUGUUGGUAUGCGAUCCGUUUACGGCACACAAACCGUGACUCCUGUUUUUUCAGGAUGUGAAAAUAGUAUUUUUCUGCAACUGCCAAAUUUAGUUGAAAACCUAGCAGCAGUUCUUUGUGCUAAUUAUUAUUACCGUGUGAACACAUAUUUGGUGAACAUCUGACUGCCACGCAAUGCCAGAUUCUUAGGUUGUUGUCCACAGAUUUUAUUGUGGCAACCCUGAUUUCAGCCUGAUCCUGAGAUGAUGGCUCUAAAACAGCCGAAAUCCGAAAGAGUGCCAGCGUAAAACAAUACGUGCUCCUUCUGAUGUGCAGCGCCCCGAUUCCCCUCCGUGGAUUUUACACCUCGUUUUUCUUCUGAGGCAAAUGAUAAUUUGCAGCUUAGAGUUUCAGUUUCUGCUAUGAGAUCCACUGAUGGGAGACCGUAAGCAACGGGAAGACUGCGUGGAGAGAGCGAAACUUUAACUUUACAGUCACUCCCGAGUUACUAAAGAGCAGUGCUGACCUCAGGGCCUGUCUGGCAGGGAGUGUUUCGUCGUUGCUCUUCCCGCUAGAACAAAAAACGGAAGUGGACACUCUCUCUUCGCAAGCUUGUAAAGCCGGUGUCAGCUGAUUGCACGCAGCUCUCAGAAGGGAAGUUGUUGUGUUGGAGCUUUUAGGUCGGCUGCAGACCCACGGGAUUCACGUCGGCCUGGGCAGGAAUGAUGGUCGUUACCCGAAAACUCGGAUGUUCACAGGAAAAGUCGGUAAAGUGUACGUGGUUGCUGCCAAACUUUUUUUUUUUUUGUGCCACUGACUUCAAACAAAAGGGGGGUUAUGGUCACUUUACAGAUGCCUCUUAAUAAAUUAGAAAAUCAUCAAAAAGUUUAUUUUAAAAUUUCAAUUUCAAAAAGUGGAGCAUGUAUAUUGGUUAAUUUCACACAGAGUGAUAUAUUUAGAUGUUUGCUUUUGCUCAAAUAAUGAAAACCCAGAAUUCCGUUUCUCAGAAAAUUACAUAAAACCAGUGAAUAAAUGAUUAUUUUUCUGCUCUAGAAUCUUGCUGAGGUGUCAAGGAAGCCCAGCGGUCUUCAGCUCGUCUUGACUUUACAACUCUCCCAUGCCUGUGGUUAUCGCUGCUGCUUAUGCGCUGCUUUCUACCACAGUUUCUCCUUCCACUCAACUUUCCAUUACCAUUCUAGGACGCUGCAGAGCUCUGCGAAUGGCCAGCAUUUCUAACAGUGACCUUUUCCUGACUGUCUGCUGGACAGCUGUCAACUCAACAGUUGCUCCAUGAAUGUGUAACAUAUUGUCUUUAAUUAUGAAAUAUUUAAAUGUUCUGAGAAACUACAUUUUGGUGUUCAUUAACUUAAACCAUAAUCUUCAAGAUAUUAGAAAAAUAAGAUUUGAACAUCACUCUGUGUCAUAAAGCUGCAUAACAUGAAUUCAGCUUUUUCAAUUGAAUUAUUUAUAUAAAUAAACUUUUCAGUGAUAUUCUAACUUAUUGAGAUGCGUCUGUAAUUCCCUCGCUGCCACAGCAGUCAAGUUUUUUGUGGUAAUGUUAAGAAUCUGGUAAUCUCUCCAGUUGUUUGGUUGUGUUUUAUUUUAUUUUAUUAUUUUUUUGUUUGUUUGUUUUGUUUUAUUUUGUUUUUUAAAGAAUUUUGUUUUUGCCACUUUAGACUUGGAGCCAUUAAUUGAGGUAAAAUCUGUGGUUCCCAGAACUAAUACCUGCAUACACUGGUCUUGUUUAGCUGUGAAAAAAAAAAGAACAAAUUAUUUGUUCGUUAGUCAUCACCUUAUUUAUAACUUUAAUUUAUGGGAUAUUUGAAUGCAUACUCUAUCAAACACUGGUCAUGUGAAAAAAUGACUUAAGCACAUUUAUUUUCUUUACUCUGUGAAGUCUGAGUAUUUUUUCCCUUGUUUAUUUUACAGCAAUACCCUUUUUUCUUGUUACAGUGAUUACACAUUUUGCCAAUGUAUAAUGUCUUUUCAGCGGGUUUCUUUUCCUCAGUUUAACCAUGACUGCCAGUUUUUUGUGUUUGUUUUGCUUUUUUUUUAUUAAGCUAAAUAGAAGCAGUGAAUUAAUGUUGAACCUGGGAGUUUUUUAUUUUUAUUUUUAUUUUUGUUUCUUUUUUAGGUUGCCAAAACUGAUGUACAGCAGGGGAGGUUGAAUUAUAAGCCAACUCGUUGCCCUCGUGCUGUAGAAAUUCUCUGAUGUUGAUUCAGUAACUUUCACAAUCCUCUCAUGAAUGGUUUGUCUUUAACUUUUUGUCUGAAAUUGAAGAUUAGUGGUCAGAAUCAGAUUAGAGUCUCAGAGGGAAAAUGACUUUUAUGAGUUGCUGGGAAUGUUUGGGUAUAUCACUGCAAAAACUGGAUCACAUCAUCUAAAGCCAACCAGGCAGCUGCUGUUUGAAGUAAGGCUAACAUUCGAUUAUAACAACAAUUUCUAAGUAAUUAUGGAAAGACAUGUCGAGUAAAAAUCUCGUGUUCUGCAGCGUUUGCAAUUGGUCUAAAAGCAACAUUUGCAAAGCUGCCAGAUAAGUUUUCACUCAACUUAAAUGAUUGGUUGCUUCAUUGCUCAUCAGCUGUUAUUGAAUAUUGAUUGUGAUUUUUUUAUUUUUAUUUGUUGCAGUUCCUUUGGGUGUACUAAUUCUUGCAUUUGACAAAGCUGCCAACCCAGUAUCAGUUUGUGUCUGUUGUCUGCCAUGUCCAUCGGACUGACACACCUUUUGUUUUUUUGUAUGCUAACCUCUGUUGAUAAAAAUGUUUAUAAGAUUUAUUUUCGCCAAAGAUAUGCAAUUGCAUUAUAUAUGGUAUUACAAAAAUAUUAAUAAAAUCUUGUUCUUGUUA